AUGUCAAUUGAAUUUGAAAACUUACCUUCAGAGAAAGAGGAGCUUCAGGUUCCAGUUUACAUUUUAAAAGGUCGAUCUACUGCCCGAAAAGGUGGCUUAAUUGGCGCAUUUAGUGACCGGUUCAGUGAUCAGUUUUACGAGGUUACAGAUGGAUAUUUCAAAGCCUAUCUACAUCUCAGUCCUGGAAUAAACACCAUCACACUUAAACAUUUAGAUGGUUGUUUCCAAUCUAAUGGAUAUGCUGGUUUUGAUACACGAGUGAAGCCUUUUGCCGAAAUAGUUGUUCGUAUAAACUAUUCCCCAAUUCCUAAAAGUUACGUCAAUGUCCCACAGAUCCAUCUGUGUGUGAUGGUGGGGCGUGAUUCUCCAGCCUUGUUCGACUGUCCUAGUGGUAAAAUGUACGAAGGCAACAACAUGAAUACUGCAGUUAAGAAAUUGAGAGUAGGAGCAAGAAUCAUGCAGGCUUUUACUAUCGACGAAAUGAACAAGAAUAACGUCGGCAAACGUUGCUUUAGGUUUGUUGAGGAGGAGACCGUAUCUACAAUAAGUUACCAGGAAGAAAUGAAAGGCAUCAGGAGAAGUGAGGUCAAAAUACAUGUGAUCGUCACAGAUAGGAGUGUUGCUGAAAUUAGAGAUGCCAAUUAUGCUCAACAAAAUGCAAAUGCUAAGGAAGCAGGUAAAUUAUUUGAUUUUGCAUUGCAAGCUUUAGAAAAAUAUGGGGGACCAUUUUCUCCGCAGUCAACAGCAAAUAUACCUGCCCUUGCGGCUGUCAUGAUUCUCGAUGCAACAUGGGACAAACAAGCCAAACUAAUCAGAGGUCAUGCUGCACUAGGUGGUGGAAACGACAAGAUAAAGCUUGCCAUUUUUGGAUCUCAAGGUUUACAUUCAUGGCCAAUGAAUUGGGAGUCAAUUCACAGAGCAUUUACAGAUUGUACACCUUUGAACGUGGAAGAAGUGGCUAAUGAUUGCAAUGAAUGCAGUCAGUACUGGGAGUGUCUCUGCGUUUCACUUGGUGCCUUUAUGCACGAAAUUGGCCAUUCACUAGGCUGUCCGCACCAAGAAAACGGUGUUAUGUUGAGAGACUAUACUUGGAUGAACAGGAAGUUUCUAACAAAAGAGAAAAAUUGCGUUAGGACACGCAGAGCUGAAUGGGGGCCAGUUUUAUCCAAAGAUGAACCCGGAUGGAAUCGAUUGGACGUUAUUAGGUUUUUAUAUCAUCCCGCAUUCAUGUUACCUACGGAUUUGGAGGAUGACACCUUUAAACCCGACUACAUACUUGAAAACCAAGGGAUGAAGUUACCAGGAAGCUUAACAUCAGAGCCCACGUUUAUUGCUGUUGAUAAUGAUACGCUUGAUAUUAUUUCUGAUACCGGCAUAUAUCUAAUUGAAGGCCAUGUAGGUGAAUGGUCUAGGGUACAUUAUGAAUAUCUCCCGCGGUUAUACGGUGGUCAUGGCCCACAGAAAUACGUUCGUUUACAGUAUAGCUUGAUCCAGCAACAAAUGAAAAACGAGUUCAGAAAUAAAGCUGUUAAAUUGGAAGUUCUAUGUAUGGGAUUCGGUCAACGUUCAAUAGAUGACUUAAGGAAGUACCUGGAAGAGCAUUCCAAGACGAUCACGUUGUCAAAUAAUAGGAGUGCAAAGAAAUCAGAUGUAUACGGCCUCAGAACAUCCAACUAUCAAGAGUGUGUGUUCCCCGCAAAUAAAAAGAUCAAGUUUUUUAGGAUCAGUCAUGGAAUGGCAUUAGAUGGAAUCGAAACUUUCUUUGAGGAUGGAUCAAAGGUUAAUUUUGGCAACUUGAAAUCUCAUUAUAGUGACUUCAAACUUGACAAAGAUGAGUAUCUCACUGGUAUUUCAUUCAGAGCAGGCGCAUGGGUGGAUUCUGUACAAUUUAUUACAAAUAAAAGGGCAAGCCCAAAUUUUGGAGGAAAUGGAGGAGGAUUACAUAGGGUUCCAUUGUUACCAAGGCAAAACUUGCUAGGGUUUUAUGGGCAAUUCGGAGAUUGGUGUGAUCAAAUAGGUAUUUUUUAUGGUUAA